AUGAGUUUGCAUGAAUUACCACUCAAUGGUGUACGUGUUGAAAUCCCAAAACCGGCGUUCUCUUCGCCAUUUCAGCUCAACGCCUCAGAUGAUCGCGGCAUCGGCGUGGUGCGAGAACAGGUUCUGACCUUCGCCAGCACAAAGACCCUCUUUUCAGGCAAAUUUAAGCUUGUAAUCCUUGACGAGGCUGAUGCCAUGACCAAGGACGCACAGAAUGCCCUCCGUCGAAUUAUUGAAAAGUUCACCGAGAACACGCGCUUCUGCCUGAUUUGCAACUACCUCUCCAAGAUCACGCCGGCCAUCCAGUCGCGGUGCACACGAUUUCGAUUCGCGCCCGUGGACCAGGACCAACUGGCAGGCCGUCUGGGUGAGAUUGCCCUCAAGGAGGGGGUCAAGCUGACAGAGGAUGGAAAGGCCGCCAUCUUUCGUUUCUGCAUGGGCGACAUGCGAAAGGCAAUAAAUCUUCUACAGAGCUGUUCAAUGUCCACCAGCGUGGUCGACGAGACGAGCGUCUACGCCUGCACCGGAUAUCCCACGCCCGCGGAGAUGAAGUCGGUGCUCGAGUGGUGUCUGAACGACCCCAUCAAGGAAGCUUUUAGAAGUGAGUCUUCUGCCAACUUAUUCUCUACUUUCAACCUUGUUCUGGGGGUGUACACGCGAUCAGACGGGGGUUUGACGCGGGCAGAAUCGAACAGUCAACCUCAGCAGUGA